AUGUCCCCGCUGUGCCCACUGCUGCUGGCCCUGGCCCUGGUGGCCAUCCCCGGCGUCCGAGGCGCCUGUCCCGCAGCCGCUGACCUCAAGAACCCCGAUGGGACACGGACCUGCGCCAAGGUCUACGACAAGAGCGACCCCUAUUACGAGAACUGCUGCGCAGGCGCCGAGCUGUCCAUAGCCCGACACAGACCUGCCCUUCCUGCNGAGCCUGGCAGGGACCUGCCCUUCCUGCCCUCUGACUGGACAAAUGUCAUCUCCUCCCUGGUGGUGGCCCCGCGCUGCGAGCUCACCGUGUGGUCCCGCCGCGGCAAGGCCGGCAAAACUCACAAGUUUAAGACCGGCACCUACCCGCGCCUUGAGGAGUACCGCCGGGGCAUCUUCGGCCACUGGUCCAACGCCAUCUCCUCCCUCUACUGCAGAUGCUACUGA